AUGGCAGUGCUUCCGGUCCCGCUGCCCGCCCCGAAGAUGGCGGCAGUGGAGAAGCGGCGGCAGGCUGUGGCCCCGGUGGCCAGUCUCACGGACAGUGGCCGGCCGUCGGUGUCCCGGGCGGCGGCGGUGACCGAGAGCGAGGAGGACUUCCUGCGGCAGGCUGGCGUGACGGAGAUGCUGCGAGCGGCCCUGCUGAAGGUGCUAGAGACGCGGCCCGAGGAGCCCAUCGCCUUCCUGGCGCACUACUUCGAGAACAUGGGCCUGCGCUCACCCGCCAGUGGCGGCUCCGGGGACCCCCCGGGCCAGCUCCUGCUACAGCAGCAACGCCUGGGCCGCGCGCUGUGGCAUCUUCGCCUGGCUCACCACUCCCAGAGGACCGCCUUCAACAACAACGUCGGCGUGGCCUACGAGUGCCUGAGCGCGGGCGGGCGUAAGAAGAAGCCCGGGCUGGACGGCCGCACCUACAGCGAGUUGCUGCGGCGCAUCUGCCGUGAGAGCGAGGCCCCCGAGGCCGUGGUGGCCCCGCUGCUGCGCAAGAUCCAGUGCCGGGACCAUGAGGCCGUGCCGCUGGGCGUCUUCCGCGCCGGCAUGCGCACCUGCUUUGUGCUCCUGGAGUUCGUGGCGCGGGCCAGCGCCCUGUACAGGCUGCUUGAGGCCCCGGGGCUGGCCGCGGCUGACCGCCGGCUGAGCCAAGCCGUGCUGGACACGCUGGAGGGCGCGCUGCAGGCGGGCGACAGCGCCAGCACGGCGCCCGCACAUUACCUGGAAGCCGGCUCGCGCCUAGGGCCCGACAGCCUGGCGCUAGCCAUGGACCGCGCGGUGAUGGCACAGCGGCCUGGCAUCUCCAUGACCCGCGAGGAGUUCCUGGAGAAGGCUGCCGCCCUCUUCAUUGCCAAGGUCAAGCCCGUGGGCUGAGCCCC